UAACAGUCUCCGAGAUUGAAGAAACAGAGUCACUGGAAUAUAUGAAAAAAAUCAAUAAUUUCUGCUUCUGAAAUGUCUGGAAAUAAAUUAUCAACAACUAACAUAAAUGCAUCUUGUGAAAUUUCACAACCAGAACCCAAAACACCAUCAGUUAAAGAAUUAGAGGAAAUACUGCACAGUGGGAAAACAUCAUGUAACCAUGCAGAUGAAGUGUGGCCAGACCUAUUUCUGGGAGAUAUGUUUCUGGCCCAUGACAGAUACAGUCUUUGGAAAAUGGGCAUCACACAUGUUUUGAAUGCUGCACACGGUAAAAUGUGCUGUAAAGGAAGCCAUGACUUUUAUGGUACUACAGUGGAUUACUAUGGCGUCCCAGCUGAUGAUCUGCAAAACUUUGAUUUAAGCAAAUAUUUCUAUUCUGCUUCUGAAUUUAUACAUAAGGCUAUGACUUCUUCAGGAGCCAAACUUUUUGUGCACUGUGCUGUUGGGGUGAGCCGAUCUGCUUCCCUAGUGUUGGCCUAUCUCAUGAUUUACCAUCAGUUUUCCUUAGUUGAUGCUAUUAAAAAAGUGAAAGAACACAGAUGGAUAUUUCCAAAUCGAGGAUUUUUAAAGCAGCUACAAACAUUGGACAUGAAACUGCAAGAAGAAAGAAGUCAUUUUUAAAAGUGAAACUAGUUUAUUUUUUUGAAUGCUUAAAAGUUUUAAUAUACCACCGUCUUCAGGUUUUUGUUCACUGUAGAUUUCUAACUUCCACAAAGCCCAUA